GUCUUCUUUUGGUGCAUGCUUAGCCUAGAAUUCUUGCAGGUGCUUCCAUAAAAUCCUCUUGCACUGAAACCUCCUGAUAGAGUCUUUUCCUCUCUAUAUAUUGAAGCCUUAAUUUGCUUUCAAGUCGUCAACAAAAACAAAACCAACUUGUUAGUGAUCAUUAAAGUAGCUAACAAUGUCAUCCUCCAAAAUCAGCUUGAAGCUUCUUAUUGAUUCAAAACACAACAAAGUCGUCUUUGCUGAAGCAGGGAAAGACUUUGUCGAUUUCCUCCUUAGCCUGCUUGCUCUGCCUGUGGGUACCGUCAUUCGGCUCCUCACAAAAUCAACCAUGAUUGGCUGCAUAUCAAAUCUUUAUGGGAGCCUUGAAAAGCUGGAUGAAUCGUACCUGCAGCCUGACCAAAACAAGGAUUCCAUUUUGAAACCAACUAUAACAACCCAGGUCACCAAUCCAAAUUUCUUGCUUCCUGACACUAAAAAGCCUGAAAACCAGAAGUUAUACUAUUGCUCAAACCAUCCAGGAUACGUGUCAAAUAUUCACAACUCUGUUUGUAGCCAUUGCAGAAAUAGCUAUGGUACUCGUUAUCUCAGUGAAGAAGUGAAGUUUGCUGACAUGAAUAAUUCCACUUCCACAGAUACGCCAACUAGUGACCAGGGAGGUUACGUGAAGGGCCUGGUCACUUACAUGGUGACAGGUGAUUUGUCCGUCUCUCCAAUGUCAAUGGUGUCUGGUGUUGGUAUGCUAAACAAGUUCAAUAUCAAGGAUUUUGGUGUUCUUGAGGAGAAAGUUGUUGAAUUUGGGAUCAAUGAGGGUCUUGAAUUGUUGAAAGCUUCUCUUUUGUCGAAGGAUGCUCUCUCUGCUGUUUUCCUUCCAAAGCUGGAUUAAGGACAGAGAUGGCGAGCCAGUAUCGAAUUAGAAAAAAAGGAGUUGAUGGGCGUUCUUCAAUUUCUAAAUUUACUAUGUCUGUGAGGAAGUAAUUAGAAAAUAAGUUGGAGAAGUUUAAUUUUGUUGUUGGACUGCAAUGAUGAUCAUUCAUCUUCCCUUUGAAGAUGCUUGACUUUUUUAUUUGUUUUUCGUUGUUGCUUUAUUAUGCUUUUCUUGUUUCAUUUAUCUUUCAUUGUUGCUUUAUUUUGAAUUUUGUGCAAUGAGAAUGCGAUGGAAUGAGUAGUUUCCCCUCCUCA